AUGGGCGAGCUUCAUCUGCAGAUCUACGUGGAGCGUAUGAAGCGUGCAUACAGCGUGGACGUGGAGACUGGCGCGCCGCAAGUGAACUACCGCGAGACGAUUCGCCAGCGCAGCGAGUUCGACUACUUCCAUAAGAAGCAAACUGGCGGGUCACACUCGGUAGAUUCCAGCGAGCUUGCUUUCCGCACAGCUACGAUGCUAGCUAUUCGCCAAGCGUUUAUGAAGGCCAACCCGUGCAUCGUCGAGCCCGUCAUGGCGGUGGAGGUGGAAAUGCCCAACGAGUUUCAAGGGCGAGUUCGCGAUGGAGUACACAAGACACAUGGCAUUGUCGAGCGUGACAUGCAGGAGAAGCUGAUGAACGAGCACGAAAAGGCGCAAGCGGCUAAGAACAAGUAG